UUACAAUUGAUAUCGUUCAAGGUUAAUUGUUUACAAAAUAGUUGGUUUAUUCUUGCAUAUUCUUCUGCAGACUUGGCCCAAAAUCGGAAGCUGUGAACCCAUAAAAUGACUGAAAAUUAUUACUUACAAGGUCAGUUUUCCGAUGUAUCGAUGAUGGGCUGUUGAGGUAACAAAGAGGAUCAAAUUGUUUUUUUUGACAAAUCAUUUUUCCCAAAAACAUUGGUGUAGUUUGUACAACAACCCUAUUUUCAUGGAUAACCAUUCCCACACCAUACUAAAAACCCCCACCCUUCACCUCUCAAAUCUCUCGAGUUCUCCCAUUGCCUUUGCCUCCAUCCUCCAAGAGAAGGGACGAUGGAGCAAACCAAACACCUUCUACUCAUCAUCUCCAUCUCCUCUCUUCUCUUAUCCUUCUCUGCAGAAGCCAUUUGCGUCCCCAAAAACACCACCCGUCAGGCUCAUUCCCCAGCCCGGCUUCCCUCAAUCCGAUCACCACCACAUGUCUCUUCCCCUCCCCGGCGGCCCGUUGCUUCCCAUUCGACCCCAUUCGACCCUGCCAUCAAGGCAAUAUGUGAGAAAACCGACUAUCCUUUUCUCUGCAUGUCCUCCCUUGCUCCAUUUCUAGCCAGCUCGAACAACCCGGCUGCACUCCUGGAGAUGGCGAUAAAGGCAUCCGUGAACUACACCGAAGCCGCUCUAGCCAAAGCCAUGCGCCUAUCCUCCGACCCCUCCACAUCGUCCAUUACCAAGGCCUACAUCGCAGACUGCCAGGAGAACUACAGCGACGCCAUCGAUAACUUCAACAUCGCAGCCAACGCGAUUUCCAGCGGCGAUAUUGGGUUGAUGAACAGCAUGCUUAGUGGGGCUAUAUCAGAUUUUCAGACUUGUGAUGACGGUUUCGCUGAGAUGAAUGAGCUCGAUUCACCCUUCAAGGAAAUAGACACGAACCUCUCUCACAUGGCCAGCAACUGCCUGGCCAUUGCUGCUUUGCUUCCUUGAUAUAAUCAACUAUGGGGAGUCAGCCAUUGUUGUGUUGUUUAUCAUCAUUUUCAACUGCUUUCUUCUUUGUUGUAUGCAACACAACUGCUUAUGCAGAAAGGAUAUAUACAUAUACAUAUACAUGCAUGGAGGA